CCUAACCGUUUUGGACAUGGUGUUCUCUCCAAAAUGCUGAAAGAGUUACACAUAGCUAACCGACGUACCUUUUAAAGUUAUUAUAUAUUUGUAUUUAAAGUCGAUAUUAGUGUGAGACCCAUAGCGACGUCUAUAUUUAGUUGUUGUCAUUUUUCUAGAGGGCAUGGUGAGCAGAUGGCCAGUCAAUCUGACUGUCUGUUACUACAGCGGACACGCCCCAUUGGCCCAUUGGACUGGGCCGUAGCGUAACAUCCUAUUUAUGUGGGAUCAAAACUUCUUACAUUUCUUUUUUAUGAUAUAACAUUUUAAAUACUAUAUAAUAUUGUACAUUGUUGAAUGUCAUAAACUUCAUGCAAUAAAUUAUGCCGCGAGAAGAGGAUUUAAUUCGCAUUGCCAAAAAGCUGGACAAGAUGGUGUCUAGAAAUAACACGGAGGGUGCCCUGGACCUGCUGAAGGAAUUGAAGAGUUACAACAUGACAUUGAAACUCCUGCAGGAAACAAGGAUUGGCAUGUCUGUGAAUGGAAUAAGAAAGCACUGCACAGACGAUGAGGUUGUUGCUCUGGCCAAGGUCCUCAUCAAGGACUGGAAAAGACUGCUGGAUGCUGCACGUUCUCAUGGUACUGAGCGGCCCAGUGAGAUAAAAAACGGGGUUGGAACUAACAAACCAGCCGGGUCCCCAGUCAGGUCUCCCUCUAAGAAAGACACACGUCACAAGAGGCUGGAUGUUUCUGAUUCCGAUCCAGAAUCUGAAAAGGAAGAGCGCACUGACAAACAGCAAAUCGAGAAAAAUAAUGUUGAAUACAAAAAACAGAACAUAGCCGAUGACUUGAACAAGGAAAGAAAAACAGAUGCAUUCAGAAACAAAUGGCAUUUGGAAGUAUACAAUAAUGGAAAACAUAUUGAAGAUCUCAGAAAAGCUAGACAGGUAGAGUUCCCCAAAAAUGAACAACGCUUAGAAGAAACCAAGAAGGGGAGGAACUUUGAAGAAUCCAGAAAAGGAAGACUUGUACCAGAACAUUACUUAAAAAAAGAAAUACAUUUAGGAGAACCCAAGAAAGAAACAUUUGUCAAGGAACCCGUUAAAGAUAGACACACACACCAACCCAGAAGGGAGAGAUUCACAAAUGAACCAAGAUAUGAAAGACACAAAGAAGGAUGCAGAAAGGAGAGAACUAUGUACGAAGCGAACGAUGUACGAACACAAGUGAGACCUUUUGAAAACUACAGUCGAGGGUUUGAGAGACGUACAUCUGUGGAGGUGAAGAAAAAGGUGAAGAAAGUGGUGAAGAAUGAAAGAAUUCUACUCACAAGAGAUUCUUCAGGCUCUGUGUCUCCUACUUGUCCUCCCCCUCAUCACACGCCUCCAUCUAGACGUCACUCAGUGGAAGUACAGAAAGAGAGGAACAAAGCUCUUCCUGAUCCUAAUGCCCCACUACCUCCUCUUCCUCUUCAUCUUCAUCCUAUUCUACCUAAGCCCACUGCAGCAGAGAUCAAGAAGGAGAGAAAAGAACCUACAAAGGUUAGAAAAGAGCCUCCAGAACACAAUGCUCCUUUUGCUCCAGCCCCUCUCCACCUCCAUCCUACUCUCAUGAAGCACCUGUCAAUGGAAGAAAAGGAGAGAAAAGUGGCAUCAGAUUCCAAAUUAUAUUCUCUGAAGAGGAUGUCAUCUGAACAUGUCAAAAAGGACAGAAAAGACACAUCAGAUAGGAAAGUGCCCAAAAGACCUGUUGAUGCCAAAAAAGAAAGGUUUGCCAUAACGCGCAGAAAGGACUCAUCAGAUUCCAAACCAAAGCCUGCUAAAAAGUCAAGUCUGGACGUGUCUGUUUCCAAACCAAAGCAUCUUAAAAGUCUGGAUUGCAAGAAUGGCAGGAAGGACACUGAUUCCAAGCCCAGUCAUCCAGUGAAACAGCAUUCAAGUGACUCCAAAUCAGACAGAAGGAACUCUAUGGAUUUCAAAACUACAAGCUUGCCAUCAGCUAUGAAGCUCACAAGCGAGAGUGGAGAGUCUCAUGAUUCCAACCCCUCUCAUCCUGGCCCACCGCAGAGAAUGCCCUCAAUGGACAGCUUUGAUCGGAGAGGGAAACCAGAGACGCCAAAGACCCCAACCACCCCCACCAGCCCCAUGUCCCCCUCUUUCAGCUCAGGGGGGGGUCCAUUGUCCCCACGCCUGGCGACCGGUGAAACCAUCCGGGACAAGUGCAUUGAGAUGCUGGCUGCUGCUCUACGCACAGAUGACAACUACAAAGAAUUUGGGACAAAUUGUGACUCCAUGGCAGCAGAGAUCGAAGAUCAUAUUUACAAGGAGAUGGGAGCCACAGACAUGAAGUAUAAAAACCGUGUGCGGAGCCGCAUCAGCAAUCUGAAAGACCCCAAAAACCCUGGGCUGCGGAGGAACGUCUUGGCGGGAGGCAUUGAGCUGGGACACUUUGCCGUAAUGUCUGCUGAGGAGAUGGCCAGUGAUGAGCUGAAACAACUGAGGAAUCAUCUGACUAAAGAGGCCAUUAGGGAGCACCAGCUGUCCAAAACCAGUGGAACCAUUUCUGACCUGUUUCAAUGCAGCAAGUGCAAAAAAAAGAACUGCACCUACAACCAGGUGCAGACCCGCAGUGCUGAUGAGCCUAUGACCACUUUUGUGCUGUGCAAUGAGUGCGGGAAUCGCUGGAAGUUUUGCUGAUGUGGUCCAGCUUGGUUGACAAAGUGGCCAAUUACAUCCAACAAUCAACAAGAAUUUUUGCUAAGAGUGGGCAGGGGCCUUUAACAUUUUCUAGAGUGAUUUUAUGGAAAAUAAUGUACUAAAAUGAAUACUAAUGAUUUAUACAUGAUUUAUUUUA